AUGUUUACUUUUAUAGCAAUUGGUCUGCUCAUUCCGCUGUGUGUUGCCUUCUAUAUUAGAAGAACAAGGAAGGAGAUGAAGAUUGAGAUGCUGUCGUAUGACAACAAAUAUUUGAAGGAGUAUUUGGACCUGCCUAGUGAGAGCACACAGCUUGAUCAGUACAAAGUCUUAGCAAAGGCCAGCAUAUAUCUAAUAGAGAAGGAAAGCGAGAUUGAAGACGAGUCUAAAAUGAUCUACUCACUCUUCUACUCGCGUAUGAUAAGCAGCACUCUAUGGAACCAUCUGAAGAAAAUCAAGGAGGAGCUAAAUCUGGAUAAAAUCACAGUAGAAGCAGAACUAGGGCGAUUUUCAAAGAUUGACAAGAGCAGUGCGGAUAUUAUCACAGCAGAGAAAUACAAAAAGUCAGUUGUAGAUGCCCCAUGCAAGGAAAAAAUGACAGGAUAUAUCUCAGAGUCAGCUAGGGAUAAGUUGUACUUAAGGCUCAAGGAAAAAGAGUCUCUUUAA